AUGUCUGAGGAGUUUCUGAGCCCAAAUCCGCUGGUUGAGAUAAAGAAUGCAUACAGCAAGAAGAAAGUGUUUUCAAGACACCAUUCGGAUAAAUACAAGAGGAUAAAGCCAUCGUGGAGAAGACCACACGGUAUUGAUAGCAAGGUCAGGCUGAGAAUGAAGGGAGAGAAGGAGAUGCCUGGCAUUAAGUACAAGAAGCCAGAUGAGGUUCGCUUUCUUCUUCCAAAUGGACUCAGGAAGGUUAGGAUAUUUAAUGUCAACGAUCUUACGCCUUUGGCAUCGCUGAAUAGGUUCUAUUGCGGAGAGAUUGCACAUGCUGUUGGCGCAAAGAAGAGAAUUGCGAUUGUCAACAAGGCAAAGGAGCUUGGAAUCUGCAUAAUCAAUGCAAAUGCACGCCUUGUGUCAUCAUUUGAGGAAUAA